GAAAAAAGCUUCAAGUUUUUCCUUUUCAUUCUUUCAUUGUCCAACCCUCACCAUUCCUGGGGUUCCAAAGUGUUAUUUCCAUCUCUUUUCGCUUCUUACGCUAGGAAAAAGAAGAAAUGUUGAAAAUGAAGUUUCUUGAUUGGUACUUGAAGAUUGGGUUUGUAUCUGCUUUGGUUGGGGCUUCUAUGGAGGUGUUCAUGAUCAAAACUGGCUUCUAUGACAAAGUAACUGUUUUGGAGUCAGAAAAGCGUGCUUGGGAGAAUUCUCCGGAUGCUCAGGCUAUUAGAGAAGCUCUCAACCCCUGGAGACAUAUUGAUGCCGAAGAAACAAAAAAGUCCUGACUCAAAUAAAUGCUUUGAGUUGGGUAUCAGAUUGUACUCCAUGGGAUUAAGAUGAUAUAUGGAUUGCAUAACAAAGAACCACGACAAGACGAACAUAAGUGAUGUCAUUGUAAAGAAGCAAAACAAUGACGUUCUAAAACCAACCUUCAACAAAGAAGGCCCAUUUCUCUCAACCAUUAUUCACCACUAUUUCAGCACUUCACACCUCUGUGCCCUCCUCUAUUUAACACAAUCAUAAGCAUUGUUAACUGCACAAACACCACAAAGGCAAAGAAGGAUGAUCAUACACAUCAAUUCAAUAUGAAACUCGUCAAGUGAAUAGUUUUAAGAGCACAAUUCACCAUUCAUUGAAAUUAUCAACCAUAUAUUCAUAGAUAAACAUUGUGCCAUAUUUGAAACCCAAUUGAAAAUUGAAACAAGGAGAUCCACGAAGCUUAACAUCUACUGCAAAUCUCACAUUGACUCAAAACAAUAACAAGAAGAAAAAAAAAGGAAAGAUGUUAGUGUAUGUCUUAUUUGUAGUUAUUAUGUCAUUAUGUGUAGACUAAGAAAGGAAUGGAAGAAGAGAGGCAUGAAUGGGGUCUAAGGGUGAAAACGGGCUUGUAAGCUUUGAACUACACUAUUUUGUGUAUCUUUUUUAUUUUGUUAGUAAUAGUAAUUGGUGAAACAUUACAUAAUUAAGUUUUCUUCUUCGAUUUACCAUUAAAAUAUCGCAUUCUAUAUGAUUGAAUGGUGUUAUGAAAUGAUGCAUCUCAUCAUGUGGAUUUGUUUUGGGUUUGAUUACUACUAUUUUAAGGGUGUUACUUCCUCUACCACCACAUACGGUUCUCUGCACCUUCUCAUCCAUUUUUGUCCUUGAGUAACAUUUAAACAGAUGUGAAUAUACAUUAGAUUCUUAAAUGAAUGUCAACAUCCGUAGAUGGAUGGAUGUUGAUAUUCGUUCAUUGACAUCCGUCAAACCACAUGCUAACUCUUCACACACAUAUAAGACAAACUUAGAAACUUAUAUGGACCCCUCAUUAUCCUUCCAAGGACAAACAAACCAGCAAGAACUCCACCGGUCAAGGCUGAAGAGAUGAGUGAUGCAUCUCCUCCAAAUCCCAUGCUUUGAAACAGAACCGGAGCAUAGAAGAGAAUGAAAUUUAUGCCAGUGAGAAUCUGAAAGGUGGGCAUGAAGAUUGCCAUCACCAACUCUGGUUUGUACCUUCUUUCAAGGAUGUUACGAAAUGGAUGCUUUAUUGAGUUUGCCAACUCGCUUGCAUCAACCAUAUCUUGGAACUCGGCAUCAACCUCGUUGGUUCCUCUUAUUUUUUUCUAGCAGCUUCCUUCCUUUUUCCAUCAAUCCUCGUUCAAUUAAGUUGUUUGGAGUGUCGGGGAGAAAUAUCCUUCCCACUGUCAUCAAUCUGUGUUCUUUAGCAUAUUUUAAAAUAUGGGUUUCAUACUGUAAGUCUUGCAUUAUAGAAAUAAAAAAGUUAAAAGACAUAUAAAGAAAAUGACCCAUAGAUACUAUGCUUAAGGUUUUGGAUUAGUUUGCUUUGGUGAUCAUUAUUUGAGAAAAAUAUUUUAUUUUUACUUUUAAUUUCAAAAGUAAUACUUCAUUAUCUUUGUUUCCUGUUUUAAAGAGGUUUGUACAGGAAAUUGUAGAAGAAUACAUAUUUUAUGGUUUUUUUUUUUUCUUUUUUCACUGUUUCUUACUUAAAGUGACACUUUUUAUUAUCUAAAAGUGAUAACAGAAUAUGAGAAAAGAAAACUUUUCCUCAAAACAAAACAGAGUUGUUAACAUUUUGUAAAUAUAAAUGCUAAUGAGGUUGGAAAUGAUUCCAAGGCACUAAGGCAUCCACAACCUAUACAUGGAGAAAGUUGUUUAUCGAGAUCCAGUGCAUUCAAGAUAGUUCAGAUUUUAUCUUUUUUCUUUGGGAUCUUUGGUAUUGCAAAUGACAUAUCUUCUACUUUUGAUUAAUG